UACCUUCCCUUUAAAACUCAUACACAAACAUGAAUCUUUUGUGUUGGUAAACCGCAUGAGAAAUACUUUCUUCAUCGAAUACAAUACAAUAUUUGCAUUUCAUUACAACAACGCAACGUGAUGUGGAACAGUACAUAGGUGGUGUAGAACAUAUGUAGAAACGCAGCAGAGACUAUUUGCAAUGAUUUCGAGUGAUGGAAAUUGUAUCGCAUUUUUAAUAACGGAAAUUACCACACACGCCUCAUCACUAGUCCAAAUUAAGCCUCGCUUGACGCAGAUGUCCGGGAGUUGAUAGUGUAAUAACUUCAUUCACACUUCCAUAAUAAAUCGCAUAAUGGAAGAGGGGAUACAAGAAAAUGGACAUCGUCUACACGAUGACAAUGAUAUGGUGUUAACAGAAUUAGACACGGAGCAUGAUGACAAUUUAGAACCCGAAAAUGACGAUAAGGCACUAUCCGAGACUAGUGCAGAAUAUCGUGUGCUAGAAGAUGAGAAUGGUAACGGUGGCGUCGACGACGAUGGCGGCGAAGACAUUGUUGAUAAUGACGGCUCGAUGAGGGGAAGUGACACCAGCUUGAAGGAAGUCGAAUCCGAAAACGAUGACGAAGAUCAGCCCUCGAGAGGAGUAGAUUCCGACUUGGACCAAUCAGAAUCUUUGCCAAGUCUACCGGAUUCAGGGCAACAAUCAGAUCUAGAUGGAGGCAAAGAUGGGGAUACCAAUGAUCAUCAUCAAAAUGGUGACAAACAGUUGAAACCAUCGUCACAAUCGAUAAAGCAAGACCGUCACAUUGGUAACGCGUUACCCGACGACAUCGAUCUCCUUGCGGAAUACGACGACGAUUCCAUAGCUAGCUCUCAAGGUGCCAAUAAACUCAUCUGGUCAGCAUUCAAAAUUGCCUUCCUCAUCUCUGCCCCCGUGUUCUUCAUAGGCCUUGCCAUCGUGAUAAUGGGGGCUAUAAACUUCCCAGAGAACUUCAAUCUGUUACCAAUCGGUAUCCCUGUCUUUAUCAUCGCAGGGUUGGUGUUCAUUGGAAGCACCGCUUACCUUUGCUUCUAUAAAGCGAAGAAGAUGAAGUUGUUUGAGUUUGGAGGGAACAUAGAUGGGGAGAUAGCCGGGAUAGGCAAUGUUGGCUAUGUCCACGGUGGAGAUACAAUAGUACCUAAUACUGCUUAUAACCACGACCAAGAGGCGAUGACAUCCCACCUUGAAGGAGAAGAUAGUGUCGUCAGCCAGGGCUUCAGCAAGGGUGAUUUAGACAACGUGCAACCUGCAGUGGUCUAUACAAUACAGGACCAAGAAGAGACCUUACCACUAUAGGAUACUUCCCGCUCAUCGUUAAGGAAGAAGUGAAAACUGAAACUGCUCAUCAUUUAAAGGAAAAGAAAAUGUUGGGGUAUAUGCCAAAACGAAUGCUAUAAUAAAACACUCAACAUUUCACUACGAUAAUAAACUUUAUAGUAUUUUUGUUAAGACUAUUUUGAUAUUUACAUCUUACACAGACAUUUAAGUCCAAAAUUUAGUUGGAUAAAGCUUGGUAAAAUGGUUUGUUUUGUAUUUGAUUAUUGUCUUUCUCGUUAAACGGUGCACAGUAGAAGAAACAAAUGAAAAUUGUUUUAUAUUACUCCGGUGACGUAAGCAGAUAUUGUUUGAACGUAUUUCAUUUCUGCAUUCUCGAAAUACGAUCAUACAAAGAAAUUAAUUUUGAAAUAUUUGGAUAAAGUAAAUAGAAUAUAUAUUCACCAUUGAAGAUGAAAAUUUACAGAUAUUGGAGCAUAUUGGAAAGGAACAAAACUAUUGAGGCUGAACAUGAUUGUGAUCGAUUUUAUGAUGCAUAAUCAAAUUAUAUGCUUUGAUGUUGAUUAAACUGACUACAAAACUGUAUGUCGAUCUGUAGAAUAUCACAAGCACAAAUUUUGAUUAAGACCAAAAAACGCGCAGUUAUAGUGAACAUAAUAUUCGUCCGUCGUGUCCUCAUACCUGAUUUGCAUAAUGUCCAUGCUAUGAAUAAUACUUCAAGAAAUAUUUCAUAGGCUCAAAAUCUUCUGCUACUUUGUCACACGAAUCUGAAUCGUCUUUGUUCUUUUUUGGUUGAUAUUCAUUAGUUGUCUAAUUUGUCAAUAUUAUCUAAAUUCAACCAUGAUAAAGGCUAAGUUUACCCUGACGAAAACUUUGUUGUAAAAGAAAAACAGAAAAAAAAAUAUAUUGGUGAAGGUAUGAGGAAAAUCCAUUCAAGAUUAAGAAAGUUAUUAGAAUUUCAAGAUUUUGGUUGUUGACAUCAUAAACGGGCAGCUGCCCCAUAUGUUAUGUAAAAUAAAAUGCAUAAAUUUAUUUUUUUAUUUAAUUUUUUUUUUUUUUGAAGCAGGUGUGAAAUAAUUUGCGUAUUGAUAUACUGAAGGUACGAUAUCAACCAUUUUCAAUUUUAUGAGAAAAUGACAUUUUCAUUGAUUUUCACCAUACGAUUUGUAAAAAGCUGCUCGCGUAUGAUGUCACAAAUCAAAUAAUCAAAUUCUAAUAACUUUUUUUAUUCUUUUUCAUGAAUUUUCCUCAAACUUUCGCCAAUAUUUUUUCUGCCAUUUUUACAAUAUACUUUUGUCAGGGUGAACGUCCCCUUUAUGGAUGACAUUGUGAGAUUGUGAGAGUUUUUUUUUUUUUUUUUUUUUUUUUUUUUUUUUGGGGGGGGGGCUCAAUUUCAGCUGGGGCAAGGUGUCAACCGUCAAAAAUAUUCAAGUUCGGGACAAGCUAUCACUAUCUUUUCUUAAAUGUGAUUGAAAAUUUCCUGCAGGAGUAUUUUUAGAUUUUUUUCCUAUAUUAAAAACUACUUUGUGAUAACUUUUUCAAUCUUCUGAAAGCGACAUCUCAUAUUCUAUUAUUUUCACUGACGAUCAGUACUUGUUUAAAAAUAUUAUGUCCGAUUGUAUAUUUGUAAUGUGUGUGAUAGCCUUCAGAGAGCAAAGCACAUAAUAAAUAAAUUUGUAUUUCAUAUUA